GCGCCACUUUAUUGAGCCUGAUUUUGGGGUUAGUUAUCUUGUUAUCCUGCUCCGCAUAUAUGAAUUUAUUACCCAAACUUUUAUUUACAUAAGACUUUUGCAGGUUCAUGCAAUAGCUGGUGGAGACUGUUGGAACCCGGAAUUGUUUCGACAACAGUUCACUGGUCCGCACCUCAAGUACAACGUCUCCAAGUGUGAAAAUGUAAGAGUACAAAUUUUGCUAAGCUACAUUAGUGUGCUUUGUCUAACGGACGGGUAUAUGGUCACUGCAGAUUCAUGUUUCCCUAUGCGAUAUUAAACACUGGUCUUGUUAUACAUUCGACUUGCAUCGAAGAGUUAUUUACAUCCUUGACUCUAGUAAGCCUGAAAAGAGCGAGGAUGUUAGGCAAUACAGUAGGCAUACUUGGAUUGUACCUAUGUUGGCUUCUGCCAUGCAACAAUGCUUGUCCCUGUUCUUCAGUGACUGGAAAGAAGAUGUAACUACAUGGGCUUAUAAGGAACCUGUUGUGCCUACACACCGGUUUGAGGUUGAGAGUGGUGUUUAUACUUUGGAGUUCAUGAAGAAUUGGAAGGGGACAGACGUCGCCAAAGAGCUCAAUUCAGCUUGCAUUGACAAGGUUAGGGCCAACAUUCUACUGGACAUUCUUACCAUCAGAGAUAAUGUAGCGGCACUUCCAGAUUUCGUCAAACAACUUGUGAGGCAAUACGAGGAUGGAGUAGUCGUGAAGAAAUGAAGACUCUCUUAUUACCUUUAUUUCAUCAUUUACAUAAUUAUAUCGAACUUGUUUUCACUUUCGGAAAAAGUAUUGACCAUUCUAUGUAAUAAAUACGACAAUUUGCUUCAUUUUAUGUUCAAUCUCUUCAUA